AGGGGAUUUCCCAAUCAGCUGCAUUUAGCCUGGAAGCAACCAGAUGAUGCAAUUCAGCGUUUCGUUCCGCCGCGAAGGCUGCCCACCCGGGCUGUAGCUGAGGGGCUCGGCGGGCCGCGGCCCCCCCCCGCCCCGGCAGCCUGUGCCCGCUGCGGCCCCGCUCCCCGGCCUGGGCCUUCCCGCAGGCGGGACCCGGCCCCCCGCCGCCGCUGGCGAUUCCAACCGGGGAGCGCCGGCAGCCGGCCCGGCGGGGCGGCCAUGGAGCCGGCGGCAGCGCGGCAGCGGCCCGCGGUGGACCCCAGGCUGAGCGGCAGCGGUGCCACCAGGCCGCCGGUCAGUUGCAGUCCGCAACUGGAACUGAAAACCACCCUGUGGGAGCUGGUCAUCUACAUCAUUUUCCUGAUAGACCUCUGUAUCGUGACGUUCAGCACGGUGAGCACAGACAUGUACUACCUGAACAAAGUUAUGUCCCGUCUCUUCCUGGAGCCCUCCUCCUCUGAGGACAACAGCAGUGGUUUCAGCAGUAUUAGAAGCAGAGCUGAUUUCUGGAGGUUUGCAGAGGGGCCCCUGCUGGAUGGGCUCUACUGGGAGCAAUGGUAUAACAACACGACGUUAACCCUCCAGAACAACAGCAGCCAUAUUUACUAUGAGAAUUUGCUGUUAGGAGUAGCCCAGAUUCGCCAGCUGAAAGUACGCAACAACACUUGCUCCAUCUACCCGUAUUUCCGUGCUUUUUUACAAGACUGUUACGGUGAAUAUCGUUAUGGAGCUGAAGACAGGUCUGACUUUGGUCUAAGGAACAAAUCAGAAUGGAAAUACACCUCAGCCCCCUCAUUAUCCCCAUGGUACUGGGGAUCUAUGGGCUUGUACAGCAGUGGAGGAUAUAUGUUCAACUUACCUAAAUCUAAGCAGGAGAGUGUAGAGAAGUUGGUGUUUCUCAGACAGAACAGCUGGCUCACUAGAGGAACCAGAGCUGUAUUUAUUGACUUCUCAACAUAUAAUGCUAACGUAAACCUCUUCUGUAUAAUCAGGUUGGUGGUAGAGUUCCCUGCUACUGGGGGUGCUCUCACCUCCUCACAUAUCUACUCUGUGAAGCUCCUCAGAUACAUCACAUACUACGAUUACUUCCUGGCUUCUUGCGAAGUCACCUUUUGCCUCUUUAUCAUUACAUUCAUAAUCCACAAAGCUAUCAAAAUAGUAAAACUGAAAAAGGAGUAUUUCAGAAGUGCCUGGAACUGGCUGGAUUUGCUGCUGCUGGUGGUAUCUGUCCUUGCCAUUGCCCUCAAUAUCUACUGCACUGCAGCAGUGUCCCUGCUAAUGGAAGAGCUGCUGUCUAAUGCCCACGUAUAUCCAGACUUCUACUUCCUUGGAUUCUGGCAAGUCCUUUACAACAACAUCGUUGCUGUCAACAUCUUCUUUGCUUGGAUAAAGGUAUUGAUACUUGAAUAUGUACAGUUUAACAAAUCGACGCGGCUGCCCUCCAUAUUAUCUCGCUGUGCCAAAGACAUCAUUGGAUUCGCCAUCAUUUUCUUUAUCAUUUUCUUUGCCUAUGCCCAGUUAGGCUAUCUGAUCUUUGGGUCACAAGUUGAAGAUUUUUCUACUUUCCAAAACUGCAUCUUUACACAACUUCGUCUUGUACUGGGAGAUUUUAAUUUUGACACCAUAGAAGCAGCAAACAGAGUCCUUGGACCUAUUUACUUCAUCACAUUUGUAUUCUUUGUGUUCUUCACAUUGCUGAACAUGUUUUUGGCUAUUAUAAAUGACACCUAUUCAGAAGUCAAAGCAGACUUUGAAGUGCUACCCAGUCAAGAACUUCGAAUCAGAGACUUCUUUAGACAGAGCCGCAAGGCCCUUGUCAAGCUCAAGCUGAAGAAACCAGAGAUGGAUACAAGUCCAGCAGAUGAGAGCUUGGGAAGCACAAGCAAGGAUAUUUCUAAGCUUUCCAACGGUGACAGUGCUAAUGAAAAGAGCCAUCUGAAGUUAUCGAAGCUAAAGAAAGGGAAAGAAAAACGUGGUCAGAAGUAUGCACCUACCGAGGGCACGGACUCAGUCACAGCUCAGAGCUACGUCUCCACCGCAGACUUUCAGUGGCUCUUCAGGUAUACAGUAGAGUUGCAGAACAAAUUAGAUAACACUAAUGCAAAAAUCAGGAGAAUUAGGAAAAGCAUGGAACUGAAGGAUGCUUCAAGACAAGAGAGCAUAGUGUAAUGCACGAGCUCAUCCGGUAACAGAGAUGGCCUGACUCUAUACAGAGUUUAAGUAAAUCC